AAAAAUAAUAAUAUUGAAAGAAACCAUCUUAGCUUUUGUGUCAGUUUAAAGUACAUAUAACACUGUCUGCAGUAAGAUCGAGGUUAUAGAUACAAGCUAGCGUUGUUUAUAUAUCUAUCGGGAAUCAUUCAUACUUUGAGAGAGAGAGAGAGAGAGAGAGAGCGAAGAAAACGGUGGAGGGGAAAGAUAGUAAGAGACAGAGAGACAGAAACGAAGAGAAUAAGAGGCAAGAUGGCAGAGAAAGAGAGGGAAAAAGAUGAUGAGAGAGAGAGAGAGAGAGACAGAAAGUUAUUGUUGCUACUGCUGCUAAUUUAAGGCAGAUUGAGAACACAAACUUUGUCAGACUCACAUUCGCAUUCGGACACUUAAAAACGAACACUCCAUUCGAUCAUUUGAUAAGGAAUACAAGAUGAAUGGAAUCGACGUCGCUUACAACAACAAACACAUCAUCGGCGUACUUGGCACCGGAGAUUUUGCCCGAGCCAUUACCAAAAGACUUAUAAUGUCUGGAUACUCUGUGUAUAUGGGUAGCCGUUGCACUCAAGACCACAAACUUGCUGAAAAUGACAAAACACUCGAAGACGCCCAUGUCGUGUCCAACCAUACCUGUUUGACUCACACCGAUAUUAGAAUAUUAAUCCUUGCUGUCCCACAUCAUGCUAUCUUUACAAUUCUCCAGAACUACAAGGAUUUUCUCACCGACAAGAUCCUGGUCGAUGUCUCCAACCGAACUGAAUACGACGAAGCAGAGUCGCUUGCCGAAAUCCUUGCUGAUGGAUUUCCCGAGGCAGAUGUUGUCAAGGCCUUCAAUACUCUCUCAGCGUACGCCAUUGAAAGUGAUUCUUUUGGUGGGAGUCGACGUGUUCUCAUCGCUUCGAAUAACAGAACUGCUUCGAUGUCAAUAUCUGAACUUUGUCACGAUAUGGGAUUUUCUACUUUAAACAUGGGGGGCUUAAGAAAUGCCCGAGAGUUGGAGUGUCGGCAGUUGGUUUUGAUGUCAGGCUGGGGUGUUCCUACGCUUUUCACGUUUGCUGUUUUCUUCUUCUGGUUUGCCAUCUGUGCCAUUGAGUUUGGGAUAUUUUUCGGUUCCCAUCCAGAAAUAAAAAUUCCACUCGGUAACUUGCCGUUAAGUGCUCUGAACAAGCCAGUCUGUCUGACGGCCAUUACACUUCUUGCUCUCUCUUAUCUUCCAGGCUGUCUGGCUUCCUUUCUGCAGAUUUGCCGUGGCACCAAAUACAAAUGCUUUCCUCAUUGCAUGGACCGGUGGUUGAAGUCCCGCAAGAUGCUUGGACUCUUCGCACUUCUGUUCAGCUGUUGGCAUGUCAUGAUCAGUGCCAUUAUCCUCUCCCCAGCCUCAAUGCCAGAAUGGUACCAACACAGUCACAUCCAUUUACCAACAAACACCACCAACUUUUCAUUCGAACUUUCAUCACGGAUGAACUGGAUUGGUGAAACAUCUAUCAGUGUUGGCCUUCUCGGUCUCAUCUCUAUGAGCAUUCUCGGUCUAACAUCAGUGCCUUCAAUUUCAGAUACUCUAAACUGGCAGGAAUGGCGAUUUUUCCAAUCCAAGCUUGGCUACAUGACCCUAUUCUUAAUUACGGCCCAUGUGCUUGUCAUGGCUGUUCCCUUCUGGAUCAAGGCGCCAGCAUUCAUUGCCAUAUCCAUUCGCUUCUACUGCGUCCUGCUACCGGCUCUAGUAUUCCUCAUGAAAUUUCUACUGUUAAUUCCUUGUGUGGAUCGCUACCUUAUGAAAAUCCGUUCGGGAUGGGAAAGGAGAAAAUAUCAUACACAUAACAAUGGCUAUGUUCACAUUUAAGAAAUAUGCAAACAAACUGGACACAAAGGAUAUGUAUGUCUACCUGCCAGUCUUUGCCCUCUAUCUGUUUGUCUUUAUCUUUUAUCUUUUACUUGCCUCAGAAAUUGGACUGCAGUCAUGCUGGGACACAGACCUGAUGGGUUUAAUCAAACAAAUCGACCCUGGGACUUAUUUUCAAUUCUGGUAUGAUGAACUUCCACACAGCUUCUGUCUACCACAUUCACUCACAAGGCCUUGGUUGGCCUGGGGUUAAAGUAGAAGGCACUUACCCAAGGCAGACGCAUGGCUGUGUCAUAAGAAGCUUGCUUCCCAACCACAUGUGUGGCACCUUGGGCAAGUGUAUUCUACUAUAGCCUCGGGCCAACCAAAGACUUGUGAGUGGAUUUGGUAGAUGGAAACUGAAUCCCGUCAUAUAUAUAUGUGUGUGUGUGUGUGUAUAUGUUUGUUUGUAUGUGUUUGUUCCCCUGCCAUCACUUGACCACAAAUGCUGGUGUGUUUAUGUCCCCAUAACUUAGGGGUUUGGCAAAAGAGAUCAAUAGAAUAAUUACUAGGUUUGCAAAGAAUAAGUUCUGGGGUCGGUUUCUUUGACUAAUACCCUUUAAGGUGGUGCUCCAGCUAGACCACUGGUUUUAAUUGAUUAAUAUUAAUUUCUACCCUCAUUAAUAAAUUUUAUAUAUAUAUAUAUAUUUGGCUGUGUGCGUGUGUCUUUCCCCUGGACUGGCUCUUGUGCGGGUGGCACAUAAGAUGCACCAUUUUGAGAGCGUGGCCGUUGCCAGUACCGCCUGACUGGCCUUCGUAGGAUUUUCGAGCGAGAUCGUUGCCAGUGCCCCUGGACUGGCUUGUGCGGGUGGCACAUAAAAGACACCAUUUCGAGCGUGGCCGUUGCCAGUAUCGCCUGACUGGCCUUCAUGCGGGUGACACGUAAAAGCACCCACUACACUCUCUGAGUGGUUGGCGUUAGGAAGGGCAUCCAGCUGUAGAAACUCUGCCAAAUUUAGAUUGGAACCUGGUGUUGCCAUCCGGU